GUUCAGUCAUCGUCAUGAUGGUAGAGUGGGAGAAACGUCUAAUUUAUUGAAGCCGCCUGGAUUGGGGAGAAUUCCACACCGUCAACGACGGAGUAUCCAGACCGACAGUAUCAACCAACGCCAUGACUUCCACCAUGACAUCUACAACCAUGAAAUUAUGCUUUGUAACGGUGGGUGCGACAGCUUCGUUCCAUCUUCUUCUCGAGGCCGUUCUGGAUGAGUCUUUUCUGGAGGCCUUGCAGAAAUUAGACUACACCCACCUCCUCGUCCAAUACGGCAAAGACAGCCGGGCUCUCUUUGAGGAACUCCGCGGGAAACACCGCUCAGGGAAGCAUGGAAUCAAGAUCGAGGGAUUCGAUUUCAACACCGCUGGUCUGGACAGCGAAAUGCGCAUGGCUCAGGCAAAUCCAUCGGAUGAGAGAGCUGGAGGCGUGAUCAUCAGUCAUGCAGGAUCGGGAAGCAUCUUGGGUGCUCUCCGGUUGGGCGUUCCGCUCAUCGUCGUUCCCAACCCGACCCUCCAGGACAACCACCAGGAGGAACUGGCGCAGCAGCUCCAGAAGCAAGGCUAUGUCGUUUCCAGCAGUGUCAAGGAAAUGGCCGCUGCGCUUCCCCGAGUGGAGAAGCUGCGCGCGAAUAUGUUAACUUGGCCGCCUGUGUCUGGCGUGGGAAAGAAAAAACGUCCGCCCCUGGAGCAGGUGAUGUCCGACGAGAUGGGCUUUUUGGAUUGACCUGAAGCGGUCUAUUUGGAAGUGAUCUUCCUGGCUCGACCACUCGAUAUGAGAUGACAAUUUGCGCGUUGGUUAACAUGGGCUGGCUUCUUGCAACAAUGACAUUCGAUAGUUAUAUAUGUUUUGUCUUGGGGAUUGGCGUUGGGGAAGGGUCUUUGCUUGGUACCAUUGGAUAUGAGUUAUGACAUGGCUGCAUGAUGGACUGUAAAUGAAUAAUUUUCUCAGAGCAAAACCUUCA